AUGGAGGAGGACGCGGACGCGGGACACGACGAGCACGGCGAACAGUGCGAACAGGGGAGGCAGGGAAAACGGUUGCUGCUGCACAGAGCCUCCAGCUCCAGUACCUCCAGCUCCAGCGCCUCCAGCGCCAGUGCCUCCAGCUCCAGCGCCUCCAACUCCAGCGCCUCCAGCUCCAGCACCUCCAGCUCCAGCGCCUCUAGCUCCAGUGCCUCCAGCUCCAGCGCCUCCAGUGCCAGCGCCUCCAGCAGCUCCAGCACCUCCAGUAGCUCCAGCACCUCCAGCAGCUCCAGCACCCCCAGCUCCAGUGCCUCCAGCUCCAGCACCUCAAGCUCUAGUGCCCCCAGUACCAGUGCGUCCAGCUCCAACGCCUCCAGUGCCAGGGCCUCCAGCUCUAGCACCUCCAGCUCUAGCUCCCGCAGCUCCAGCACCUCCAGAGCUAAGGCUCUCGCUGGCUAG